CGCAGGCGUCAAUUAGGGUCAUUGCCCUACAUGGUAGGAUGGUUUUGGACAUUCUAUCCUACAUGUAUAUAGCUAACAUGGUUUCUAGUCUAAAGAAUGAGGAUUUGUUCAGGCUGUCAGUGCAUAUGGAGCUUUCUACAUACGGGCUAAUUAAACUCCUACCACGCAAAUGUCUUACAGGGUUCGAAAGAUUGCCCCGGCGGUAGAGAUCUUCAUCUGCCCCAUAGAGGACAAAUCCACGGUAGAGAGCCCGGCAAAUCCACGGUAGACUGGAUACCAGGUUUUUCUUCUUCCGACCAUCUCAAGAGUCUGAUAGAGACUAGCAAACUCCGACCACGCACCUGCUCGAGGAAACCGUGAUGUCAUCCAGACCUGUCAUCUUGAGAUGGGAUGAUGUAUCGUUUGUCGGGGGCGUACACCGGGGAUUGAGGCUAGAAAAGGCCGACAAAUCAGCGGUUUGCGGCAGACCACGCCGGGGAGAUCAGCCGAGAAACGUCCCUACCCCAACAACUUCACCAACCGUCGCACGACAGACGACAGUACGCACGACGUGGGUCGGAAGGAUCGGAGAACCUCGGCCUGACCCGACGCUUGUCCGAGCACCCAUCGCACCUUCACCUGCACAUCCGUACGGGAUACCGAUCAAGACAGCCCAACACCCCACAACCGUUGACUUGUGUGUACGCUGUCACCAUGACGGGUCCGUGUACAUCCGGGUUCUGCAAGUGGGCCGCCCUGUUGCUGAUAGUGACGGCUGCAGCAGUGGCUGCUCAAGGUUUUCAGUGCCCGGGAACACUGGAAUCCGUGGGUACGCCAGAAACGCAACGUAACCUAGGGACUACGCGAGGGAGCUGGUACAGGGACCCGGCUCCUGGCCUGGGCAACGGCAACAUAUACGUCAUGCGAAGCUAUUUCUCUAUCGGUACCAUGGAAGAGUACGCAGACAUCGAUGACCUGAAAGCCUCGCGGCUGUCGCGUAACAUCACUCUCCCGGAUCCAGCCGGCGGAGCGGGGAUGGUAGUGUACGAUGGUGCUCUGUAUUACAACAAGGACAGAACGCCCAGCAUUAUCAAAUUCAACCUCACAACAUCCAACAAGGACGUGGAGAAGGAACUUCCAGGUGCAAAGUACGCCAACGAAGGGCGGUAUGGCUGGGCCGGGUUUUCGGACAUUGACUUCGCGUUGGACGAAAACGGACUGUGGGUGAUCUACGCCACUGACCACAGUCAGGGAAACAUUACGAUCUCAAAACUGGACCCGGAUUCCCUCGCAAUAGAGGGAACCUGGGAGACUAACUACAACAAGCGUUCGGCCAGGGACUCGUUCAUGGUGUGUGGGAAACUGUUCGUGGUGCGGCGCUACGCGCCAUUCAAGCUGGUCUACACGUUUGACACGAGCACGGGAGUUGACGAUAUCAUCGACCUCCCGUUCUCCUCACAGAACAGCCACAUCACUCAGGUGGACUACAACCCACGCGACAACCUGCUCUACUUUUGGAACAGGGGAUUCCUGCUCACGUAUCCACUAACGUUCAGCACCGUUGACGGCGGUUGGUCGGACUGGGGUGCCUGGUCUGACUGCAGCGUGACGUGUGGAGUCGGGACACAGACUCGGGACAAAACCUGCACUAAUCCGGCACCAGCAAACGGUGGGGCAGACUGUGUCGGGCCAGCAGAGGACACACAACAAUGCGACACAGGCGUAUCUUGCCCAGUUGACGGCGGUUGGUCGGACUGGGGUGCCUGGUCUGACUGCAGCGUGACGUGUGGAGUCGGGACACAGACUCGGGACAGAACCUGCACUAAUCCGGCACCAGCAAACGGUGGGGCGGACUGUGUCGGGCCAGCAGAGGACACACAAGCGUGCGACACGGGAGUGUCUUGUUCCGCGGUAUCCGAGUUGACUCUGGAUGAUGCUGGAAUAGAUCAUCUCACCGUUUCUUGGACAGUAGGAAGUCUGCCGAUCUCACUCUACAGGCUCCGCUACAAGCCGGCAGACGGGUCGGGCUCGUACCAGGACCUCUCCCCCGCACCGGGAACAGGCGACACCUCGGCUACCGUACCGGGACUGUUGGCCGACACGGACUACAACAUCACACUUACUUCUUUUGGGGACGACAACCAGCCUAAUGGAGUCAUCAGCGGAACAUUUAGUACAGAUUCGGUUGUCGUGAACGUGGAGUGUGACCAAGACAGCAUGACCAUCUCCAUUCCCCUCGCGGCGCUGCCGGCUGUGGACGUGGAGAACAUGCACCUUCUGGACACCAGCUGUGGUGCCACUGUGGAAGGGGAUAUCGUCAGGUUGGAGACACACCUGCAGGAGUGUGGGACCCGGCAGGAGACCUCAGGGGACGACAAGUUCAUCUUCUCCAACGAAGCCAUCGCUAACCAAGUGACUCACGAGAACGGUGCUGUACGUAACCAGCCAAUAAGCCUGCCCUUCCAGUGCGAGUUCCUCCGUCAGUACGAUGUUUCAGGGGGGCCCAUCAUGUACAACAUCCCGUCUCCUCGUGUUCAAAUCGUUGAUGCUAACAACAGUUUCAUCAUGGAUAUGCACAUGUACACGUCAGCAGACUACAGUGCAAGCUACGACUCAGAAGACUUCCCUAUUCAGGUCACACCGUCUGACAGUCUGAACUUCGGCCUGAGCGUGACGUCACCACUGGACAACCUGGAGCUGUUUGCACGUGACUGUGUCUCCACCCCCACCACCGACCCCUACGACUCUCCAAGGGUCAACAUCAUCACAGAUGGCUGUGAGGUUGAUGAAACUCUACAGAAGGACAACGGCCUUUCUAAUGACAAGGCCCUGUACUACAGCGUGGAGGCCUUCACGUUCCCAAAUGCUCUUGAUCCCAGCCUGGUGUACUUCCACUGCACCAUGAUCAUCUGCUUCAAGGACGACCCUGACUCCCGGUGCAGCCAGGGCUGUAUCCCAGCCACACGGCGUAGGCGGGCCGUCUCGGACGGGGCGGAGGGCAGGGUUCGCCGGGAGAGCAGCCGGGACCACCAGGCGGACAUCACCCAAGGACCGUUCCGCCUACAGUUCGAAGAAGAUGCAGGAACAGUGUCAGCCGGAGUCCCUGUGGGUACGUUGGUCGGAGCGGUUGUUGGAGUUGCUGGAGUCAUGGCCCUGCUGAUCGUGGCCGCUGUUGUGGUGAAGAAACGGGGAGGCCUGACUCCGGGGAGCAAGAAACGUGAGGACGACACUGUCGGACUGGACAACUACGCAUUCCAGGCUUGGGGGAACAAGAACAAGACUGGCACAGAGGACACCAAAGCAUAAGUUGUUUUCUUUCUACCAGUUUCAAAAAGGCUAACGAUGCUCCUCCCGGUCUUUCUAUUUGUCAGGUUCCUUUCUAACCAAAAGGGGCCACUCUACAUUCGGAAAAACAUUGAAAAUGUGGAAACGUAAUUCAAAACUACAACAACUUUUCCUUAUAACUUUAUAGAAUUACGAUGAAAUCCAAUAAAACGUAAAGAAAGCAUCAUUUUGGAACAAUGUUUAAAACAUAACUGUCGUUUGAGGGAAGAUUUUGGCACGUUAAGGUUAAACACAAAAUGAAUUGAAUUCGAAUAUAAAUUCAAUGUUAUGGAAUCCUUCCAUUUCUACCUGACAGUUAGAAAGUCUGGUGGAGCAAAAAUCCUGCCUAUCUUGGAAUGUGCUUAUCUUUGACAAAUAUUCAAACCCCCAUAUUUCCAGAUCUAAAGAAGAUUCAACACAAUGUAAACCGAGGAUAAAGGGAUAUUCUAUAAACUAACUUUCAAUCAUAUUUCUUCAUCAGUGAUACCGUAUCAUUGUGUUUUAACAUAGAAUUCUAGAUUCAAAGCGUCGUGUCAUCGAUGUAAAGUAACAAGUCAUAAAGUAGCUACGGUUACAAAUUACCCAGAAUGGAACAGAGACAUUGAAUCUGACAGACUUAACCUAAAUUACACAUCGAAGUAGCAGAUAUUGCGAACGUUUAUCUGCAAAGCUACAUCCCCGGCCCCCUUAACACCAUUAUUUGGUAUCAACAAGUCUUCAAAACAUUGCCGAUUUAAUUGUCUUUCAAAUCAUCAUAGUACCAGCAAUAGUAAAGAUUCCAUAACUGAACUUAGUGCAUCAAGUCAACAAUUAUAUAGCUAGUAAAACGUAGGCGGUGUAUACGUGGUAAACAUUAUAACCAUUCCAAUCAUAAUACAAAAAUAGUAUAGGCUCUUCAAACUUAGGUAGUGUUAUAAACAUUAUCCCGAUCACUUUAACAACACUAAAGUAGGAGCUCCAUCUAAGAUUAGACGAUAUACUAAUUAGCACAUAACAUAAACACAAUCAUAAUCCUAGUAGCCGUACCAACAAAAUCGUACUUGUUUUUCAACAUAAGCUUAGACGGUGUAUUAAACAUUAUCAUAACCUCAAUAAUCAUGCAAGCAUUUAUAUAGGAACGUAGACAGCAUGGGCUCUCCAUCUAAGCUUAAACGGUGUUUUAAACAUUACCAUACUCCCAAUAAUCAUAUAAACAUUAGAAUAGACUCUAUAACAUAAAGUAAACAUUUUUUUUAUCACCAUGCUAGCAUUAGGACAGCCUCUCCUGCUAAACUUUGUUCUUUUGUGAUUUGAACUAUAAGCUUGCUUAGUAACUCAGACUGUAUUUUCAUAUUUCAUUAAUUCCAUCAUAUGGCAAACUCUUCUAUUCUCUCCUUCUUAUAUAUUCAAGAUUAAUCAAAUAUAGUAUAUCUCUCUUUCUUUCCCUGUUUUUUUAAUAUAUACAUGGACUCUACUUUGCUAAUAAUGAUUUUUUUUUAAUCUGCUUCUUAAUACAGUAUAUCCUCAACCUCUUUAGACACGUUUAUUUCGGUACUUCAUUCACAAUCAGUAUAGUUAACUUUCUGUCAUUGUGGUUUGGCUCUUCUUAUUCUAUUUCUUCUCAGCUUAAGUAGAUACUAGACAUAAUUUUAAUAUCUGUAUCAUCUGUAUAUGCUUGGUGUAAUAGUUGGCAGAUAACAGAUGGAAAAAAGAUAACAUCUUUGGGCUCAUAGUUAAAAUGAAAGUACGAAAAUAUUCAGAAAUUGCAAUGAUACCCAGAAAUUCUAAUGUGAGUUCCACAAGACAUAAUUGUUUCGUAAUUAGGUAAAUUAAUCAUUUCAAUAAGCAUUUAACAUACUCUCCCCUGUUCGAUGAUAUAUACCUGAAGUGGUUUGUGCACAACACUGGCACUGAAAAUCUAAAAAUGUGUUUUUGUCUAUUUCUUUUAUAUUGAGGGACGGUCAGUAACUUACAAAUUUUACUCUAAAUUUUGGAAUCUAAAAGUCACAUUAACUAAUGUUGACAUCAAGUAAUUUACAGCAUAAUACCUUGAUUUGAAAUUUUUGAAUAUCUGAAUACCCCACUAUGAACCCUACUAUAUCAUCUUUAAGCUAGAACCUUGAGAAAUGUGUUCAUGGAAAAAAAGGUUCUAAUUGGGCAGUUUGAGCCACUCCAACAAAACGUCUUGUUGAGGAAAGGAAAAAGAAAAUGACAUAGAACAUUUUCAACCAACAAAACUGGAAACAUCUUGAGUUAGCUGACAGUCUGUGUUUAACUGGGGAGAGAUAAGAGAGAUCCUCGCUUGCAAAACAUCUUGAUUUACUUUGUUGGAGUGUCUAUGGAUCGUAUACGCAUCUGUUAUCUGCAUUCAGCUUGUUCAUCCGAAAAAGUACGCGUGCGCAGAAACAGGAAUUGUGGGUAAUAUGUCAAAGGUGAAGUCCAUAUUGUAAACAGUUCUCGCCUCCACCGGUGUCGCAAUUUGCAUAACUGUCCAGGUGUGUUCUGUGUAUAUCUCAUGGACCUUCACCUUUGACAUAUUACCCACAAUUACUUGUCGUGCGCAUGAGUACUUGUAAGGGUAAACAAGUCUAGACGGUGAUUGGAAAGAGACAGCGUCAACUUUUAUAAUUACGCGGGGUGUCAUACGACCGUCACAUUAUGAGAGUUAACGUAACAUGGCUUAUUAAAAAGGACACCGUGCUCAAUGUGACGUAGUUCACUUAUCAAUUCACAUGUCACCUAGAAUUAUAUCAAUAACUUACAGUACAGUAUUUCUCUAUCAAAGGCUGGAUUUGGGGAGAUCUUUAUAUUUUUGUACAAACAUGAUUGUAUUUGUGGAGGAGUGAUCUGAGUACAAUUGAUGUUUGUAAGCUGUGUCUGUACACCAUAAUCUACACUAAAACGAGUAACUCGACAAUGAACACGUAGAACAGCAGUAUCUUUGUUGACAAGUGAAUUAUUGUCUCUUGUUUACUGUGUUGUAAGAUUAAGAUUGGCAAGAUGUACUUUGUGAUAUUUUGUGAUGAAACUUGAAAACAUCUAGAGUUCUGUACAUACGGAAUAAAGCAGCAGUCAUGGUCUCACA